AUGGAUGAGACUCACACCGCUCCAGCAAAAAUCAAGAAGAAACGCGCGUCAACGAAUCGCAAGAAUCUGACCUGCGAUGACCUGCUUGUUCGCCACGAGCGAUUGGUACAUCCAGCGGAAACCGCAGCUGCCAGGGGUGAAAAUCGGCCUGCGCCAGCCGCGAUCCAGAUCCCUGCCACCCCUACUUCCGUUCCGCCGCCCGCGGGACGCCCCGUUUCCCAACCUUCCGCCAGUGAUUCGCGCAUUUUGGCCUUUUCGGAUAGUCUGCCCAUCCAGCACCCAUCCGUGUCUAGAUCCGAUCUCCCUGUGCCAGCUCCUCAACUCGUAGAGCAAACUCAGUAUAAUCCGUCAUGGGGUUAUGAUCUAAACCUUCUCUCCCAUGCUGCGAGCCAUGUUGCGCUGGAAGGUCAACAGGAGCAAGCAGUUCAGGUCCGCAAAGCGCCUCAUGUUCAAGAUAGACCAAUGACAGACGCCUAUGCAAUCGAACCGUCAAUUCUGGACCUGGCAGACCUUGGCGACCCUGUACAGGACUUUACGACAUUCCUGGAGAGCGUGGGACUUUCGUCUGAUUGGGAUUCCGGAAUGUUCGCAACACCAGAACCACAGGAAUCAGAUGAGCGAGGAGGAUUGACGGAAGAGUCAUCGAUGCCGAGGACCCCAUGGGAUGUGUCAAAUCACGACCGCCAGUUCCUCGUAUCUAAACUUGAAGAUUUUGCACAUGUCCCUUCCGAAAGGCAUGGUCUAUCUCGAUAUCUUGCUGGGUAUAUCAAUGGACUCAACGAACACCUCCCGUUUGUGCAUAUACCGACCUUUUCUGUUUCACGCUCUCCCCCGGAGUUGACCCUUGCUCUCGCAGCAGCAGGCUCACAUUAUCGAUUUGAGAACGCACGCGGGAUUGAACUUUUCCACGCCGCAAAAGCCAUCUUACUUGAACGGAUCCGGCGCUGUGAUGCUAAACGAUCACCACCGCAGUGGAAUUUAGCUCAAACGACGAGUUCUGCUAUUCACACGUCCCGCGGAUCUUCCUCUAUCUCUAACCCGAGCAACAGCCCCUUUCAGCCGCCUUUCAUUCCAAUAUCGGACAACGUGAUCCAUCCAGCAGAAGAUUCCGAAGCACAAAUGGAAAUUAUACGCACAUUUCUAUUGCUUACUGUCUUCGCAUCGUGGGAACGUCAUCCGGACUUGUUAAGAGAGAUCCUUGCGCUGCAAAGCACGCUUGCUCGACUGGUUCGUGACCAUGGACUGGCAGAACCAGGACCUCCUUUUGAUAUAGCGUCAUGGGAGGACUGGGCUCGUCAAGAAGCAGAUCGGCGGACGAAACUUAUCGUUUACUGCUUUUUCAAUCUCCACUCAAUAAUGUAUAAUAUCCCGCCAUUGAUACUGAACUCUGAAUUGAAGCUCAAUAUGCCAUCGCCGGCCGACGAAUGGAAAGCUGCCACCGCUUCUCAAUGGCGCCGUUUACAUCGUUCCCGAGCUGGCUCGGAGGUGCUAUUUCAGGAGGCGUUUGCAAAGCUCUUUGUCAAAACACCCCAUUUGAGCUACUGCAGUCAAAUAUCGCCUUUGGGGAAUUAUGUCUUGAUUCACGCGAUUAUCCAACAAAUAUUUUUCGCUAGGCAAUUGUGCCUAUCAGCGCCCCUUAUGGCGGGCACCAGCCUACGACCUGAAGAUCUUAGCAUCCUAGAGGCAUCACUGGGUGCUUGGAAGGCUGGUUGGAGACGAACACCAGAGUCGAGCAUAGACCCUCAAAAUCCUGCUGGCCCGAUUGCUUUUACCUCGACUGCCCUUCUCGGCUUAGCAUAUAUCAGGCUCCAUGUUAAUCUUGGACCCUGCCGCCACCUUGUCACUCAGGAUCCAUUGCAAAUUGCCCAAGCUCUGAAAGAAUCCCCGCCAGUUAGCCGCCACCCUCGACUCAUCAUGGCUCUCCUACACUCUGCGCAUGCAUUAUCCAUUCCAGUCCGGCUGGGGAUCGAUUUUGUCGCUAAGACUCACUCAUUCUUUUGGAGCAUCCAACACUCUAUCUGCAGCCUUGAGUGUGCCUUUCUGCUCAGUCGAUGGCUUCUUUCUAUCCCUACAACCCAAGCCGAGCAGCCGCUCUCCGAUCACGAGAGAAAGUUGGUGCUGUGGGUUAGAAGCAUGAUGGAGGAGACAGAUAUGCCCGUGGAAAUGGCGUCGACGUCUGAGUUGGAGUUUUUGAACGAUCCGACACAGGUGAAGCAAUUAAGUCUUACCGUUGUGCGGGUUUGGUCGAGGACAUUCAAGGGUAAUACGAGCUGGCCGAUUGUUGACCUGAUCGGGUCGAGUUUAGAAAUUUAUGCGGAUCUGUUGGAAAUUAUAAUAAGAAUAAUCGAUGUACCGGGAAGAAAUAAUGUUUUAUGCGCAACUCAUGGCUACUUUCGGUUUUUCUCCUUCCGUCUCACCACACUCAUAGGGAUGAAUUUUAAUGCUGACAUAGACUUCUGGAUCGUGAUUUUCUUCAAUAUGACGGGUGACGAAGAGUUCGGAAGGGAAGUUCUUCCCGCACUGCGAGCAUCGAUUGGCAUGCCACUGCUUGUAGUGGACCUCGUAGUCUUCAUAUGUCGAGAAAGAGAAGACUCCUCGAUGUGGCGGAAACAAGCAGCGUAUCAACUCCGGAGGCGACUGGGAUGUGUCUAG